ACUAAUCAUGGGGGAUGCGUUGAUGGCAGUGUUCGGAGAAGCGGCUCCGUUCCUACGUAAGUCAGACAAGGAGCGACUGGAGGCCCAGACGAAGCUCUUCGACAUGAAGAAGGAAUGUUUCGUGCCAGACCCAGUGGAGGAGUUCGUCAAAGCUUCAGUCACAAGCCGGGAGGGAGACAAGGUCACUGUGGACACUGCAAAUGGGAAGACUGUUACAGUCAAAGAUGACCAGAUUAUGCAACAGAAUCCCCCAAAGUUUGACAAGAUUGAAGACAUGGCCAUGUUAACUUUCCUUCACGAGCCUGCUGUGCUGUUUAACCUCAAAGAGCGUUAUGCAGCAUGGAUGAUCUACACCUACUCUGGGCUGUUCUGUGUCACUGUCAAUCCCUACAAGUGGCUGCCAGUGUACGACAAGCAGGUGGUUAAUGCCUACAGAGGCAAGAAGAGGAGUGAAGCUCCUCCCCACAUCUUCUCCAUCUCUGAUAACGCCUACCAGUACAUGUUGGCAGAUCGAGAGAACCAGUCAAUCCUGAUCACUGGAGAAUCUGGUGCAGGAAAGACUGUCAACACAAAGAGAGUCAUCCAGUACUUUGCCAGCAUUGCAGCCAGUGGUCCGAAAAAGGAACAAAAUAAGGUCACUAUGUUUGAAGUUCCUGGCACCCUGGAGGAUCAAAUCAUCCAGGCUAACCCAGCUCUUGAGGCCUUUGGUAAUGCAAAGACCAUCAGAAAUGACAACUCCUCAAGAUUUGGUAAAUUCAUCCGAAUUCACUUUGACACCAGAGGAAAGCUGGCUUCUGCUGACAUUGAAACAUAUCUCCUUGAGAAGUCCCGUGUCACCUUUCAGCUCAAAGCAGAGAGAGACUACCACAUUUUCUAUCAGAUGUUGUCAAACAAGAAACCUGAGAUACUCGAAAUGUUGCUGGUGACGGCAAACCCCUAUGACUAUGCGUACAUCUCUCAGGGGGAGACCACAGUGGCUUCUAUUGACGAUGCUGAUGAGCUAAUGGCCACUGAUGAAGCUUUUGAUGUGCUGGGCUUUACACAAGAGGAGAAGAACAGCAUUUACAAGAUGACUGGUGCCAUAAUGCACUAUGGCAACAUGAGAUUCAAGCAGAAGCAGCGUGAGGAGCAGGCAGAGGCCGAUGGCACUGAGGAUGCUGAUAAAGUCGCGUACCUGAUGUGCCUGAACUCUGCUGACCUCAUCAAGGGUCUGUGUCACCCGAGGGUCAAAGUAGGCAACGAGUGGGUCACUAAGGGACAGACUGUCGAUCAGGUGUAUUACGCCCUUGGUGCACUCUCUAAAGCGGCCUAUGAAAAGAUGUUUCUCUGGAUGGUAGUGAGAAUCAAUCAGUCUCUGGAGACAAAACAGCCAAGACAGUACUUCAUUGGUGUGCUGGAUAUUGCUGGCUUUGAGAUUUUUGAUUUUAACACAUUUGAGCAACUUUGCAUCAACUUCACCAAUGAGAAACUGCAACAGUUUUUCAACCACCACAUGUUCAUUCUGGAACAAGAGGAAUACAAGAAGGAAGGAAUUGAAUGGGAGUUCAUUGACUUUGGCAUGGACUUGCAGGCUUGCAUAGAUCUAAUUGAGAAGCCUAUGGGUAUCAUGUCCAUCCUUGAAGAGGAGUGCAUGUUUCCUAAAGCCAGUGAUGCUACAUUUAAAGCAAAGCUUUAUGACAACCAUCUGGGGAAAUCCAACAACUUCCAGAAACCAAGGAUAGUGAAAGGAAAACCAGAGGCCCAUUUCUCCCUGGUUCACUAUGCUGGUACUGUGGACUACAACAUCUGCAACUGGCUGGUGAAGAACAAGGACCCUCUGAAUGAGACGGUUGUUGGACUUUACCAGAAAUCCUCUCUAAAAUUACUUUCAAUUCUGUUUGCAAACUAUGCUGGAGCAGAUUCAGGUAUGUCCAAUAAUGAAAAACAAAAACACACAGAAGUUGGAAAGAAAGAAAAGAAGAAAAAGGGAUCCUCCUUUCAGACCGUAUCUGCACUUCACAGGGAAAACCUGAACAAGUUGAUGACGAACCUGAGGUCCACUCACCCCCACUUUGUGCGUUGCCUCAUCCCCAAUGAGACUAAGACUCCUGGGGCGAUGGAAAACCCCUUGGUGAUGCACCAGCUGCGCUGUAACGGUGUGCUGGAAGGCAUCAGGAUCUGCAGGAAGGGCUUCCCCAACAGGAUUCUGUACGGGGACUUCAAACAGAGAUACCGUAUCUUGAACCCCAAUGCAAUUCCUGAAGGCCAGUUCAUAGACAGCAAAAAGAGUGCUGAGAAACUGUUGGGAUCGUUGGAUAUUGACCACAUGCAGUACAGAUUUGGACAUACAAAGGUGUUUUUCAAAGCUGGUCUUCUGGGUCAACUGGAGGAGUUGAGAGAUGAGCGACUUUCUAAAAUUAUCACCUUGAUCCAAGCCAAAUCCCGUGGUCUCCUUUCAAGAAUUGAGUAUCAAAAGAUGGUGGAGCGCAGGGAUGCCUUACUUGUCAUACAGUGGAAUGUACGAGCCUUCAUGGCAGUCAAGAAUUGGCCGUGGAUGAAGCUUUUCUUCAAGAUCAAACCCUUACUGAGGUCAGCUGAGAAUGAGAAGGAGAUGGCCAACAUGAAGGAUGAAUUCCUGAAGUUGAAAGAGGCUUAUGCCAAGUCUGAGGCUCGUAGAAAGGAAUUAGAGGAAAAGAUGGUUACGCUUCUCCAAGAGAAAAAUGACCUUCAGCUUCAAUGCCAGACUGAACAAGACAAUCUCUGUGAUGCUGAGGAGAGGUGUGAGGGGCUGAUCAAGAGCAAGAUCAGUCUUGAGGGCAAAAUGAAAGAACUGACUGAGAGACUGGAGGACGAGGAGGAGAUGAAUGCUGAGCUGACCGCUAAAAAGCGGAAGCUGGAGGAUGAGACCUCUGAGCUCAAGAAGGACAUUGAUGACCUGGAGCUCACCUUGGCUAAAGUGGAGAAAGAAAAGCAUGCCACUGAGAACAAGGUCAAAAAUCUGACUGAGGAAAUGUCAGGCCUUGAUGAAAUCAUUGCCAAGCUGACCAAGGAAAAGAAAGCUCUACAAGAGGCACAUCAGCAGACUCUAGAUGAUCUGCAAAGUGAGGAGGACAAAGUCAACACCCUUUCCAAGGCCAAAGUCAAGCUGGAGCAGCAAGUGGAUGAUCUUGAAGCCUCUCUAGAACAAGAGAAGAAGGUACGGAUGGACCUUGAAAGAGCCAAGAGGAAGCUUGAGGGUGACUUAAAGUUGACCCAAGAGAAUGUCAUGGACCUGGAAAAUGACAAACAACAGCUGGAAGAAAGACUGAAAAAGAAAGAUUUUGAAAUCAGCCAACUCAAUAGCAAACUUGAAGAUGAACAAUCUAUUAUAGCACAGCUCCAAAAGAAACUGAAGGAACUUCAGGCACGAGUAGAGGAGCUGGAGGAAGAGCUUGAGGCAGAGCGAGCUGCCAGGGCUAAAGUGGAGAAACAGAGAGCAGACUUGGCCCGAGAGCUGGAGGAGAUCAGUGAGAGGCUGGAGGAGGCUGGUGGAUCCACUGCUGCCCAGAUUGAGAUGAACAAGAAGAGGGAGGCCGAGUUCCAGAAGCUCCGCAGAGACCUUGAAGAGGCCACUCUGCAUCACGAAGCAACGUCCGCCACCCUGAGGAAGAAACAAGCCGACAGCGUGGCUGACCUGGGAGAGCAGAUAGACAACCUGCAGAGAGUCAAGCAGAAGUUGGAGAAGGAGAAGAGUGAGAUCAGGCUGGAGCUGGAUGAUGUGAUUUCAAGUAUGGAACAGGUUGUGAAGACCAAGACUAACCUGGAGAAGUUGAGCAGAAGUUUAGAGGAUCAGCUCAAUGAAUACAGGUGCAAAGGAGAGGAUAGCCAAAGAUCUUUAAAUGACACUACAACCCAGAAAGCCAAGCUUCAAGCAGACAAUGAUGAGUUGGGAAGACAACUGGAAGAGAAGGAGUCUUUAAUCUCACAGCUGACAAGAGGCAAAAACUCUUACAAUCAACAGCUUGAAGAUCUCAAAAGACAGCUGGACGAGGAAGUAAAGGCCAAGAAUGCUCUUGCUCAUGCAGUCCAGUCUUCUCGCCAUGACUGUGACCUACUCAGAGAGCAGUUUGAGGAGGAGCAGGAGGCCAAGGCUGAGCUGCAGAGAUCCAUGUCCAAGGCCAACUCUGAAGUGGCUCAGUGGAGAACCAAGUACGAGACUGAUGCCAUCCAGAGGACUGAGGAACUAGAGGAGGCAAAGAAGAAACUGGCUCAGCGCUUGCAAGAUGCUGAGGAGGCUGUGGAAGCUGUUAAUGCUAAAUGCUCUUCCCUGGAGAAGACCAAACACAGGCUCCAGAAUGAGAUUGAAGAUCUCAUGGUGGAUGUUGAAAAAUCCAAUGCAGCUGCUGCCACCCUUGACAAAAAGCAAAGAAACUUUGACAAAGUAUUGACAGAGUGGAAGCAGAAGUAUGAGGAAUGUCAGUGUGAACUGGAGAGCUCCCAGAAGGAGGCCAGGUCCCAGAGCACUGAACUUUUUAAACUCAAGAACUCUUAUGAGGAGGCCCUGGAUCACCUUGAGACACUGAAGAGAGAAAACAAGAUUCUCCAAGAGGAAAUUACUGACCUAACCGAGCAACUCGGUGAGGGAGCUAAAACCGCCCAUGAACUGGAGAAAGUUCGUAAACAACUGGAGCAAGAGAAAACUGAAAUUCAAGCUGCUCUGGAGGAGGCAGAGGGUUCUUUGGAGCACGAGGAGGGUAAAAUUCUGAGGACCCAGCUGGAGUUCAACCAGGUGAAAGCUGACAUUGAGCGCAAACUGGCUGAGAAGGAUGAAGAAAUGGAGCAGUGCAAGAGAAAUAUGCAAAGAACCAUUGACACCCUACAAGGCUCUCUGGAGUCCGAGACCCGCAGCAGGAACGAGGCCCUCAGGAUUAAGAAGAAGAUGGAGGGCGACCUCAAUGAGAUGGAGAUCCAGCUGAGUCAGGCCAACAGACAGGCAGCAGAGGCCCAGAAGCAGCUCAAGGCUGUUCAGGCUCAUCUGAAGGAUGCACAGCUGCAGUUGGAUGACUCCCUUCAUUGCAGUGAUGAUCUAAAAGAGAACGCUGCAAUUUUAGAGAGACGUAACAACUUAAUGCAGGCCGAGCUGGAGGAACUGAGGAACUUGGUGGAGCAGACUGAGAGAGGCCGGAAACUGGCUGAGGCGGAGCUCCUUGAUAUCACUGAGCGAGUGCAACUGCUUCACUCACAAAACACCAGUCUUCUGAACCAGAAAAAGAAGAUGGACGUUGAUAUAACCCAACUUCAGGGUGAGGUGGAGGAUUCAAUUCAGGAGUGCAGGAAUGCUGAGGAGAAAGCCAAGAAGGCCAUCACUGAUGCUGCCAUGAUGGCUGAGGAGCUGAAGAAGGAGCAGGACACCAGUGCUCACCUGGAGCGCAUGAAGAAGAACAUGGAGCAGACCAUUAAGGACCUGCAGCACCGCCUUGAUGAGGCAGAACAAAUCGCCAUGAAGGGGGGCAAGAAGCAAGUGCAGAAACUGGAGGCUAGGGUCAGAGACCUGGAGAUGGAGGUAGAGGCCGAACAGAAGAGAUCUAGUGAAACUGUGAAGGGCAUCCGUAAAUAUGAACGCCGCAUCAAAGAACUCACCUACCAGACUGAGGAGGACAAGAAGAACUUGGCUCGCUUGCAGGAUCUGGUAGACAAACUGCAGCUGAAGGUCAAGGCCUACAAGAGAUCUGCAGAGGAAGCUGAAGAACAAGCUAAUGUCCACCUGGGCAAGUUCCGCAAACUGCAGCAUGAACUGGACGAGGCUGCAGAGAGGGCCGACAUUGCUGAGACUCAAGUCAACAAGCUGCGUGCCAAGAGCCGGGAUGUGGGCUCUAAGGCUAAAAGUCUGACCGCCUGGCGCAAGCUGUCCUCCUCCAUCAGUGUGAGGCACUCAGCAGGAAUUUCACAGGGUUAUCUUUGUCCUCAAAGAAACAAAGCCAUGUCAACAAGCCAGGGUCUGAGGGAGCGCAGAGGCUUUCACUCGCCAGUGGGCACUAAAGGAGUGGCAACAGUGCGGUGCCAUUGGCCCUCACAUUGGAGUUGCCAGUCAGCAUCCAACAUGUCACAGUUGGGAGACUCCGCCAUGAGGGAGUUUGGAGCAGCGGCUUCGUACCUGCGGAAGUCGGACCGCGAGCGUCUGGAGGCGCAAACACGCCCCUUUGACAUGAAGAAGGAAUGCUUUGUGUCUGACCCCGACGAGGAGUUUGUCAAGGGUUCCGUCGUCAGCAGAGAUGGUGACCAAGUCACUGUUGAGACUGCGAAGGGAAAGACUGUGACUGUGAAGGAAGCAGAUGUCCUUCCUCAGAACCCGCCAAAGUAUGAUAAAAUUGAAGACAUGGCGAUGUUCACCUUCCUUCACGAACCUGCUGUGCUGUUUAACCUCAAAGAGCGUUACGCUGCAUGGAUGAUUUAUACCUACUCUGGGCUCUUCUGUGUCACUGUCAACCCCUAUAAGGCCCUGCCAGUCUACAAUCAGGAGGUGGUUACUGCCUACAGAGGCAAGAAGAGGAGUGAAGCUCCUCCCCACAUCUUCUCCAUCUCUGAUAACGCCUACCAGUACAUGUUGGCAGACAGGGAGAAUCAGUCUGUUCUUAUCACUGGAGAAUCUGGUGCUGGGAAGACUGUCAACACAAAGAGAGUCAUUCAGUACUUUGCCAGCAUAGCUGCAGCUGGAUCCUCUUCAAAGAAGGAUGCAAGCUCUGAGAAAAAGGGAACCCUAGAGGAUCAAAUCAUCCAGGCUAACCCAGCUCUCGAGGCCUUUGGCAAUGCCAAAACUAUCAGAAAUGACAACUCCUCAAGAUUUGGAAAAUUCAUCCGAAUUCAUUUUGCUGCCAGUGGGAAAUUAGCUUCUGCUGACAUAGAGACCUACUUGUUGGAGAAGUCCCGUGUCACUUUUCAGCUGAAGGCUGAGAGAGAUUACCACAUUUUCUAUCAAAUCCUGUCUCAAAAGAAACCUGAACUCCUAGAAAUGCUGCUCAUCACCAGCAAUCCCUAUGACUACGCCUUCAUCUCCCAAGGAGAGACCACCGUAGCCUCCAUCAAUGAUGCUGAUGAGCUCGUUGCCACUGAUGAAGCUUUUGAUGUCCUGGGCUUCACUGUGGAAGAGAAGAACAGCAUUUACAAGCUGACUGGUGCCAUCAUGCACUAUGGCAACAUGAAGUUUAAGCAGAAGCAGCGUGAGGAGCAGGCAGAGGCCGAUGGCACUGAGGAUGCUGACAAAUCAGCAUACCUGAUGGGUCUGAACUCUGCUGACCUCAUCAAGGGUUUGUGUCACCCGAGGGUCAAAGUAGGCAACGAGUGGGUCACCAAGGGCCAGAAUGUCCAACAGGUGUACUAUGCCAUGGGUGCACUGGCUAAAGCAGUGUAUGAGAAGAUGUUCUUGUGGAUGGUGGUGAGAAUCAACCAGUCCCUGGACACCAAACAACCUCGUCAGUACUUCAUAGGAGUUCUGGACAUCGCUGGUUUUGAGAUCUUUGAUUACAACACGUUUGAGCAGCUCUGCAUCAACUUCACCAAUGAGAAACUGCAACAGUUUUUCAAUCAUCACAUGUUUGUGCUGGAGCAAGAAGAGUAUAAGAAAGAAGGAAUUGAGUGGACAUUUAUAGAUUUUGGAAUGGACUUGCAAGCUUGCAUUGACCUCAUUGAAAAGCCAAUGGGUAUCAUGUCCAUCCUUGAAGAGGAGUGCAUGUUCCCUAAAGCCAGUGAUGCUACAUUUAAAGCAAAGCUUUAUGACAACCAUCUGGGGAAAUCCAACAACUUCCAGAAGCCAAGAGUAGUGAAAGGAAAACCAGAGGCCCAUUUCUCCCUGGUUCACUAUGCUGGUACUGUGGACUACAACAUCUGCAACUGGCUGGUGAAGAACAAGGACCCUCUGAAUGAGACGGUUGUUGGACUUUACCAAAAGUCUACCGUGAAACUCCUGUCAAUACUCUUUGCAAACUAUGCUGGGGCUGAGUCAGAGUCUGGUGGAAAGGGCAAAAGUGGAGGAACAAAGAAGAAAGGCUCCUCUUUCCAAACUGUGUCUGCUUUGCACAGGGAAAACCUGAACAAGUUGAUGACGAACCUGAGGUCCACUCACCCCCACUUUGUGCGUUGCCUCAUCCCCAAUGAGACCAAGACUCCUGGGGCGAUGGACAACCCCUUGGUGAUGCACCAGCUGCGCUGUAACGGUGUGCUGGAAGGCAUCAGGAUCUGCAGGAAGGGCUUCCCCAACAGGAUUCUGUACGGGGACUUCAAACAGAGAUAUCGCAUCCUGAACCCAGCAGCAAUUCCAGAUGGUCAGUUUAUUGAUAGCAAAAAAGGAGCAGAAAAAUUACUUGGAUCUCUUGAAAUUGACCACAGUCAGUACAAGUUUGGCCACACAAAGGUGUUCUUCAAGGCUGGUCUGCUUGGUCUACUGGAAGAACUGAGAGAUGAUCGACUGGCACUCAUUAUAACAGGAAUACAAGCUAAAUCGCGGGGAGUUCUUGCAAGACUUGAGUUCCAGAAGAUUGUUGAACGCAGGGAUGCCUUACUUGUUGUGCAAUGGAAUGUGCGUGCUUUCAUGGUGGUCAAGAAUUGGCCGUGGAUGAGGCUUUUCUUCAAGAUCAAGCCCUUGCUGAGGUCAGCCGAGGCUGAGAAGGAGAUGGCCAACAUGAAGGAAGAAUUCCUGAAGUUAAAAGAAGCCUAUGCAAAAUCUGAAACUCGUAGAAAGGAGCUCGAGGAGAAAAUGGUCUCUCUUCUCCAAGAAAAGAAUGAUCUGCAGCUUCACGUUCAGGCAGAGCAAGAUAAUCUUUGCGAUGCUGAAGAGCGAUGCGACCAACUUAUUAAGCAUAAGAUUCAAAUGGAGGCCAAAGUCAAAGAGCUGACAGAGAGAGUUGAGGACGAGGAGGAGAUGAAUGCUGAGCUGACCGCUAAGAAGAGGAAGCUGGAGGAUGAAAGCUCUGAGCUCAAGAAGGACAUUGAUGACCUCGAGCUCACCUUGGCUAAAGUGGAGAAAGAAAAGCAUGCCACUGAGAACAAGGUGAAAAAUCUGAUUGAAGAAAUGGCAGGCCUUGAUGAAAUCAUUGCCAAGCUGACCAAGGAAAAGAAAGCUCUGCAAGAGUCACAUCAGCAGACUCUAGAUGAUCUGCAAAGUGAGGAGGACAAAGUCAACACCCUCACCAAGGCCAAAGCCAAGCUGGAGCAGCAAGUGGAUGAUCUUGAGGGCUCUUUGGAGCAAGAGAAGAAGGUGCGAAUGGACCUGGAAAGAGCCAAGAGAAAGUUGGAGGGUGAUUUAAAGUUAUCCCAGGAGAGUGUCAUGGAUUUGGAAAAUGACAAACAACAACUGGAGGAGCGCCUGAAAAAGAAGGACUUUGAGAUCAGCCAACUCAAUGCAAAGAUAGAAGAUGAGCAAAUUAUCAGCAUUCAGCUCCAGAAGAAAAUGAAAGAGUUGCAGGCCCGUAUAGAGGAGCUGGAGGAAGAGCUUGAGGCAGAGCGAGCUGCCAGGGCUAAAGUGGAGAAACAGAGAGCAGACUUGGCCCGAGAGCUGGAGGAGAUCAGUGAGAGGCUGGAGGAGGCUGGUGGAGCCACUGCUGCCCAGAUUGAGAUGAACAAGAAGAGGGAGGCGGAGUUCCAUAAGCUCCGCAGAGACCUCGAAGAGGCCACUCUGCAUCACGAAGCUACAUCCGCCACCCUGAGGAAGAAACAAGCCGACAGCGUAGCUGACCUCGGAGAGCAAAUAGACAACCUGCAGAGAGUCAAGCAGAAGUUGGAGAAGGAGAAGAGUGAGCUCAGGCUGGAGCUGGAUGAUGUGGUCUCCAACAUGGAACAUGUUGUGAAGACGAAGGCAAAUCUGGAGAAGGCCAACAGAACAUUGGAAGAUCACAUGAGUGAAUACAAGGUUAAAUUUGAAGAGGGUCAACGCAGUAUUAAUGAUUUCACCAUGCAAAAGGCAAAGCUGCAAGCUGAAAAUGGUGAGCUUUCUAGACAGCUGGAGGAAAAGGACUCUCUGGUUUCUCAGCUGACCAGAAGCAAGCUGUCCCAUACCCAACAAAUUGAGGAUCUCAAAAGACAAUUAGAAGAAGAAGUCAAGGCCAAGAAUGGUCUUGCUCAUGCAGUGCAGUCUGCUCGCCAUGACUGUGACCUGCUCAGAGAGCAAUAUGAGGAGGAGCAGGAGGCCAAGGCUGAGCUGCAGAGAUCCAUGUCCAAGGCCAACUCUGAAGUGGCUCAGUGGAGAACCAAGUAUGAGACUGAUGCCAUCCAAAGGACUGAGGAACUGGAGGAGGCAAAGAAGAAAUUAACUCAGCGAUUGCAAGAUGCCGAGGAGGCUGUGGAAGCUGUUAAUGCAAAAUGUUCUUCUUUGGAGAAAACUAAACACAGGCUCCAAAAUGAGAUUGAAGAUCUCAUGGCAGACAUAGAGAGAGCUAAUGCUGCUGCUGCUGCCUUAGACAAAAAGCAAAGAAACUUUGACAAGGUCUUGGCAGAGUGGAAGCAGAAGUAUGAGGAAUCUCAGACAGAGUUGGAAGGCUCCCAGAAGGAUGCCAGGGCUUUGAGCACAGAACUCUUCAAACUGAAAAACUCCUACGAAGAAUCUCUGGAUCACUUGGAGACCAUGAAGCGAGAGAACAAGAAUCUCCAAGAGGAGAUCUCGGAUUUGUCUGAGCAACUGGCUGAGGGAGGGAAGAGCAUCCACGAACUGGAGAAAAUAAGAAAGCAGUUGGAGCAGGAGAAGAGUGAGAUCCAGUCAGCUCUCGAGGAGGCAGAAGCCUCUCUUGAACACGAGGAGGGAAAGAUCCUAAGGGCGCAGCUCGAGUUCAGUCAGAUCAAGGCUGAAAUGGAGCGCAAGAUUGCUGAGAAGGACGAGGAAAUGGAACAGUCAAAGAGGAACUUUCAAAGAACUAUUGAGACCCUUCAAAGCUCUCUGGAGUCCGAGACCCGCAGCAGGAACGAGGCCCUCAGGAUUAAGAAGAAGAUGGAGGGCGACCUCAAUGAGAUGGAGAUCCAGCUGAGUCAGGCCAACAGACAGGCAGCAGAGGCCCAGAAGCAACUGAAGGUUGUUCAGGCUCAUCUGAAGGAUGCUCAACUUCAGCUUGACGAGUCUUUAAGAAGCAAUGAUGAUCUGAAGGAGAACAUUGCUAUUGUGGAGAGGCGCAACAACCUGCUCCAGGCGGAACUGGAGGAGCUGCGCACCAUGCUGGAGCAGAGUGAGAGAGGCCGCAAGCUGGCCGAGCAGGAGCUGCUGGACACCAGUGAGAGGGUGCAGCUGCUCCACUCACAGAACACCGGCCUCCUGAACCAGAAGAAGAAGCUGGAGAAUGAUACAACCCAGCUUCAGACUGAGGUGGAGGAGGCUGUUCAGGAGUGCAGGAAUGCUGAGGAGAAAGCCAAGAAGGCCAUCACUGAUGCUGCCAUGAUGGCUGAGGAGCUGAAGAAGGAGCAGGACACCAGUGCUCACCUGGAGCGCAUGAAGAAGAACAUGGAGCAGACCAUUAAGGACCUGCAGCACCGCCUUGACGAGGCAGAACAAAUCGCCAUGAAAGGGGGCAAGAAGCAAGUGCAGAAGCUGGAGGCUAGGGUCAGAGAACUGGAGUCUGAAGUGGAAUCUGAACAGAAGAAGAGCAGUGAAGCCAUCAAAGGAAUUCGCAAAUAUGAAAGACGCAUCAAAGAGCUGACAUAUCAGACUGAAGAGGACAAGAAGAAUCUCACACGGCUUCAGGACCUGGUGGACAAGCUGCAGUUGAAGGUCAAAGCCUACAAGAGAUCGGCAGAGGAGGCUGAGGAACAGUCCAACACCAACAUGGGCAAAUUCCGGAAGCUGCAGCAUGAGCUGGAUGAGGCUGAGGAGAGAGCCGACAUCGCUGAAUCUCAGGUCAACAAGCUGCGUGCCAAGAGCCGGGAUGUGGGCUCUAAGAAAAGCCAUGAAGAGUGAAGCUCUCGCAUGGACUAAUCCGAGUCUGUGACGUCACACAGUCUCUGCCUUGUGUUUCCUGUGUGUCUUGGAAACACCAUAGAAUAAAGAUGUUCUGCAUCACA